GAGGAACUAAAGUCGGGAUACAGCUGCAUUUCCGUUUCUGCACAGCAGAAAGAAACAGACAUCGAGUCAGUAUUUUUUUUUCUAAAUAAAAAAUAUAAUAAAUGACACAAGAAAGGGUGGUGAUAGUAGCUAGCUAACCCUAGGUGCCCCGAAGUGCUGCUGUGCAACCGGAUUACUGGAUUGGGGAACAUGCAAAACAACUUGUCAGACUAUGACAAUGGUGGUCCUUUGUUUGCCCCCCUGGUGGUGCUGGAGCUGGCUCAGAACACUGAAGCUGAGACCAUCACUUGGUUACUGAACAGAAUAACAGACAAGCAGCAAAAUGGAGGAGCUGAGCUGCUGGUGGAGCAGGUGCUGGGUGGUGGACAGGAGGAGCAGAAGGGCAAACCUAAUAUCUUCCUUGUGGGAUCCACCUGGCCGAGGCUCCUGGCGGGAGCAGAGGAGGUGGGGCUAUUCAAGGAGUUCAAUGACGGCACCAUGCGGGGAUUUACAUUUUCCAACAGGGAGAGUUUCAAAGACUUCCAAGGGGAUGGAGAUGGCUUCCUCAACAUUGCAGAAUGCCAGUACAUAAUCAAAUAUGAGCUGGACACGCUAAGGGCAAAGAGCGAGGCACAUGUUCCAGGCUACCCCAAAGUAAAGCUAUAUCCUGGAAAGUCUGUCAUCCGUAGGUUGCAGUCCAAGGGGAUUCUAGUGCAGUAUUUCCCCCUUCAUGAUAAAGAGGAGUUGAAGAGGCUAUCAUUCUCUUGGUAUCGAAACAUCAAACUGUCUGCUCAGCCAUUGGAUAAUAUUAGACACUACUUUGGUGAAGGCCUGGCACUCUAUUUUCGUUUUCUGGAAUUCUUCACAUUUGCCUUGGUGCCAAUGGCCCUCAUUGGCAUCCCCUACUACCUCUUUGCUUGGGAGGACUACGACAGGUAUGUUCUGUUUGCUGUCUUCAACCUGAUGUGGUCCACCGUCUUCCUGGAGCUGUGGAAGCGACACAGCGCACAGCUGGCCUAUGGGUGGGGGACACUGAGCCGCAAGAAGGCCUUUGAAGAGCCACGGCCAGGAUUCCAUGGGGUACUGGGCCUCAAUCCAGUAACAGGCCGUGAAGAGCCCGUCUAUCCCAGCACUAAACGGCAGCUGAGGAUAUACCUGGUGUCUGUUCCCUUUGUGCUGCUGUGCCUGUACCUGUCUCUCUAUGUGAUGAUGAUCUACUUUGACAUGGAGAGCUGGGCACUGAGUAUUUAUUAUGAAGACCCAAACUUCUGGACAGGUGUCCUGCUCUUCAUCCCAAGCAUCAUCUAUGCAGUGGUCAUUGAGUUCAUGAACCUGCUGUACCGCUAUGCAGCUGAGAUUCUCACUAACUGGGAAAAUCACAGGCUAGAAUCAUCCUUUCAGAAUCACCUGGUGCUUAAAGUGUUAGUGUUCAACUUUGUCAACUGCUUUGCCUCUUUGUUCUAUAUUGCCUUUGUAAUGCAAGAUAUGAUGCUCCUUAGACAUAGCCUUGCUACUCUGCUCAUCACCUCUCAAAUCCUAAAUCAAGUGAUGGAGGCAUUCCUGCCUUACUGGCUGCAGAGGAGGCGUAAUAAGAAGGUCCAUAAGAAAGUGAGGAGGAUAUUGGGGGAUAAAGAGCUCCCCCUGGUGGUGCAGGUUCAGCUGGAGAGUGACAUGAACACCUAUUUGGGCACGUUUGAUGACUACCUGGAGCAGUUCCUGCUGUUUGGCUAUGUCAGCCUCUUCUCCUGUGUCUACCCCCUGGCUGCUCUGCUCGUCAUACUUAACAACAUGACGGAGGUCUACUCAGAUGCCUUCAAGAUGUGUCAUGUGUACAAGCGGCCCUUCUCUGAGCCUGCAUCUGACAUAGGAGUGUGGCAGCUGGCAUUUGAGACAAUGAGUGCAAUCGCUGUGGUGACCAACUGUGCUUUGAUUGGUUUGUCUCCGCAAGUGAAGGCCUACUUCCCUGAAGCAGAUACACAGCUUAUUCUUACUGUGGUGGCUAUAGAGCAUGUCCUCUUGGCCUUCAAGUUCAUCCUGGCAUUCAUUAUUCCAGAUGUGCCUAAGCACAUUCAGAUCAAGCUCGCCAAGCUGGAGUUCGAGUCCCUAGAAGCACUGAAGAAAAAGAGUCAAGGCUUUGGUCGAAAAUGCUGGAGGAUACAGAGAUCCCGAAGGCCCAUAAGUGACGAGAAGCAAAGAGGCCAUCACCCUUGCUGAUUAUGACAGCGCAGAUAUGGAUCCUCUGAACAACCUGCCCCAAGUGUUUACUUACAGUGAACAAUCAACCAUUACAGAACCCUGUAUAUGCACUUAAGGCAAUGUUCUUUACAGACUGUGUACUUCACUGACAUACAACUCAAGCUUCUGGGUCCCAACUUCCUUACUGUAUGUUAGAACAAAGUGUCUCAGAGUGAUUUUAAUUGGGUUGUUAAAGGAUGUUCAAACUGAUCGAGCCAAAAAUACUCCAACAUAUUUAUAACUGUGUGUAUGGUGUUUGGGUUUUUUUGUUGUUGUUUUUUUUUUUAAAUGAAAGCAUAAAUGGUUGAUUAAUACUGCCUUAGAGACUCCGCUGCAUCUGAAAUCGAGUACAGUAGAACAUACAGUUCUGGCUUAAAUAGUGUGACAUUUAAGUGAUUAUGGAACUAUUUGGACACACUGCAACACCUUGUUGCCCCAUGGCCUCUCAACAUUCAGAAUUCAGUUCUUUAUGGCCAACAUGAGAAACACGGUUUUUCGACUACAUUUGUGUGUGUAUAUAUAUGUUGAUGCAUAUCAUGAAAUUGUAUGAAUCCUAUUUUAACGCAUUUUUAUAAAUUUGGCAUAAAUGAAGGACAAAAAUGAAACACUAUGCUAUUAAGAAUUAUGGUCAUGUUUAAGAACCAUUUCAUGUAUAUGCACCAUAUUUUUCUCCAGCCCCCAUUCAGUUGGAAUGAUUUGACUUAACAAUGUCUACUGUUUGAUUACUUCAUGUAGUAUAACAUCUGGGCAUCAUCUCUGAAGUGCAGAAUAGUCUCAGGACAACUUAAUCUUAUCUAUGAGGUGCAGAAUGGCUUUGGACAACCUAACAUUUCUAUAGUUCUAUUUUAGAUUACUGGAACGAGUAGAAAUGCGAUUUUGGACACGGUGCAUGCUAUGAUUGAGUGAACUAAAAAUAUCAGAAAAAUGAUGCAUGAUAUAGUAAACAUGUAGCAGUUCAGUAGUUUUGCAGUUUUCAACAAGAAAACUGCAACUUUUGUAUUUCAUUUGCCAGCCUAUAUUUAUUUGUUAUGCAAAUGAACUUUGCUUCUCCUAGUCUGAGCAGUGCCUUUAAUCAUCACCAUAUCAUGUACUCAUUUUACAGCUUUUGUGUACUCAAGUUAUGUGCACAGUACACUGUACUUGAAGCCAGGUAAACCUGAUACCCUUUUCCCUGAAAAUAAAUGUCUAAACUAUUACAAUGA